AUGACUUUGCAUAACAUAUUAGAAGAAUGUAAGAAAAGGGAAUCAACUUCCUCACUUCUUGUUAAUUACUCUAAGUACAAAGAAUAUCUUGAUGAUUUCAGUGUAUUUCAUAUUAUGUUAAAAUAUUAUAAGCAGUUUAAAGAUAUAGGAGUAUGUUUUGAUAGUUUUAAGAUUUACAGUGCAAAUCUAGUCACAAAUGAGUUAGUACAUGAAAUUGAACGCGCAACGAAAAACCAAGUGUAUAGUGUUUUAUGGCAUUCUUUGAGACAGGGGAGAAUUACUGCCUCUAAUAUUUACAACACAAUAAAUUGCACAACUGCUAAUGGUGUAUUGGUCAAAACUAUAGUGGGUGCGUACAAAGUGCCAGAAACCCUGGAGAACUUGGUAAAAAAAGAGGUAGAGGUUGAACUUGAUGUGGAGGUAAAGGACUGUGGCUUCGUGCUGGUAUCUGGCAUAAUAGGGGCUUCACCAGAUGGAAUCACUGACAACUAUGUUGUUGAAGUAAAAUGUCCAUCAAAGGAAUCUUCAAUAAAAAGUAUGUAG